UUGCCGCUGGACCAGCGGGACCAAGGCCUCCUCCCGGUGGGACCGAGGAACCUGUCAUUUCUGCCCUCUGCUAGUUAAUGAUAGCGCGGAGAGAGAACAGUUUCUUAAGGAUUUUGGAAAAUUUAGCCCGGAGAAGGAACGGCUGAAGGCAACUUGGAAAAAGUGUUCACUUAAAAUGAGUGUACAUUGUAAAGGAAGGUGUUGACUGUCCGGCAAAUCCACAGGCGGAAAGAGAGCACAAGGCCUCGCGCCUGGACUGUGCCCCUGGGCUAAAUCGGCAACAUGAGCAGCAAGAACUUGGAUGAGAAAGAUGACUUUGAUGAGCAGUUGCGAAUGCAGAAGUUGUAUGGAGACACUGAGGAUGGAGAUACUCAGAAAGAUCCCAGUAGAGAAACCAAUUCUUUCAGACAGCAGCCAGAUGACACCCCCUACGAGUGGGACCUGGAUAAGAGAGCUUGGUUCCCCAAGAUCACUGAAGAUUUCAUUGCUACAUAUCAGGCCAAUUAUGGCUUUCCUAAUGAUGGUGUGUCUAGCUCUACUGCAAAUGUUCAAGAUGUUAGUAGUAGGCCUGCGGAGGAAACUCCUCAAAGAAAAACCUCUGAACCCAGUGAUCCCAAAAAUAGGGGAGAAAAGAGAAAGGCUGAAUUAGGAUGGUUUCAUGUUGAAGAAGACAGAAAUACAAAUGUAUAUGUGUCUGGGGAUCCAGAGGAAGCCAAUUAUUGUAUUCAGACCCUUAAUGGACGGUGGUUUGGUGGCCGUCAAAUCACUGCCCAAGUGUGGGAUGGAACUACAGAUUACCAGGUGGAGGAGACCGAAAGAGAAAGGGAGGAAAGGUUGAAAGGAUGGGAGGCUUUCCUCAAUGCUCCUGAGGCCAAUAAAGGUCUUGGCUGUUCAAAUUCCAUCUGUGCUUCAGAAAGGGCAGGGCCUUCUAGAGGAAGACAUUUUUCAGAGCACCCCAGCUCAUCUAAAAUGAAGGCUCAAGAAGCUGCAAUUCAAAUGGAAUUUGAAGAGCCUAUAGAUGAAAAGUUUGAAAAAACCAAGGAUGGGGGAGAAUUUGAAGAAGAUGCUAAAGAAAGUGACCUCAAACGAGAGGCUGAAGAAUGCUAUCCCCAAAAAGAAUCUGAAAGAAGGUAUGAGGAAGGCUGCCCCCAAAGAGAUCAUAGAGACUGCCUUGAAAAAGAGUCUGGAGAAGGUAGUCCCCAAAAAGAGUUGGAAGUGGUUAGUCCUCAAAAAGGGGCUAAAGUGAAUGGCCCUGGAAGAGAAUCCAAAAAGCGACUGCAAAAUGAUUUUGAAGAGAAUGGCUUUGAAAAGGAGUCUAAAGAAGAUGGCCCCAACAAGGAGUCUGAAGAAGAGAAUGGCCCCCAAAAGGAGUUUGAAGAAAAUGAGUUGGAAAGAGAAUCUGAAGAAGACUGCUCUGAAAAGCUGUUUGAAGAUGGCCCUGAAAAAGUAUUAGAAGAAAAUGGCCCCCCCAAAGAGUUUGAUGAGAAUGGCACUGACAAGGAGUUUAAUGAAAAUGUGCUCAAAAAAGAGUUAGAAGAAAAUGACUCUGAAAAAUCAGAAUUUGAAGAUGACAACUCUGAAAAAGUGUUUGAUGAGGAAGGCUCUGAGACAGACUUUUACGAAGAAUCAGAUGAAAUGGAAGGAGAAGGAGAUACAUAUGAAAAAGUUUUUGAUGAGGAGUCUGAUGAAAAAGAGGACGAAGAAGCUGCAGAUGAAAAGGGUCUUGAAGAUGCUGAUGAAAAGGAGGAAGGAGAUGAUGCAGAUGAAAAGAUGUUUGAAUAUUCAGAUGAAAAUGAAGACGAAGUAGAUGCAAAGGAGGAUGAAGAAGGUAUAGAUGAAAACAUGUUCGAAGAUGGUGAUGCCAACGAGAAGUUGUUUGCAGAGGAUUCCUGUGAGAAGUUGUUCGAUAAUUCUGAUGAGAACGGGACAGUGGGUGGUUUGGGGCAUGUUCAGGAAGAAGGGGCCCUGUCCACAGGCAGCAGCUUUAUCCUCAGUGAUGAUGAUGAUGAUGAUGAUGAUGAUGACAACAUUUAAUCCCUUAAAUUUGCUUUUGAGAGAAAUUCCUCCACUACAUUUUGCCUAUGCUCUAGGGGAAUUACUAGUAGUGUUAAUGAACAUUGCAUAGUGAUAGGAUGCCUUCAGAUUAAUGCACUGACUUUUUCAUUGUUACCCGUACUUAAUGAUCAUAAAUAUUUGUUAAUUGGCUGUUCAGUUAAAGCUUCUCAGUCUAAUGCAAGUAAACUGGAUACUCGUCCUUUGUCAGAUUUGUUAAAUGGAUGUAGAAUAUUUUUUUAAAAUAUUCUGAUUGAAGUUUGUGAUAUUCAAAAAUAAAAAUAAGUUGUUAAUAUGCAGAAAUUGAAAAUUGGACUUGAGUUAAAUUGCAUUUAAAAUUUUUUGCUAUUUGCUUUGUUCAUAUUUAAGUUUAGUCUUUUAAGGGUUUGAAAAAUCCCACAGGAGUCUCCUUGCUUCCAGCUUAGCUCCUAUUUCUCCUUUCUAAACCAGAGCAUGUUACUAAACUUACAAGGCAAAUAGCACUUUGGAAUUUUCCCCCGCCCCGUCCUUGCAAGUUACUUUUAUUUGUUUUCCUUUUUACUCUCCAUGAAAAUUGGCUAUUAGAUGCACAGGAGGGACCUUCCUGAGGUCCACCUACAGCUUUCAUUACUAAAAAUAUAGGGAAGGAGAUUAGAAUUCCACUCUGCGCUGUGUGGCCCCUUUAGAAGUUGAUUGGAAUUGUGGGUCCUCUCCCCAGAAAAGUGCACAUACUACACAACUUUUUGAAUACAGUUUGGAAGGUUUAAUUGAUUGCUUGGAGUUUAAGAAUGUUGCCAUUCAUACUUCAAUUUUGUGUUUUUGUUCUAGUAUGGUGCCUAGUACUGUGCUAGAUUGUGUAGUCCCAGUAAAAUGUUGGGUCUUUCUUGCUUAUGCUUUC